UCGACAACGCACUGUCACGCCACCCCCGACAUGAUCGAUCAAGGUGAGUAGUACGGACAGGCGCUCUGACCAGUUCAUGUGCCUCGUGUGGCUGGUGCAGCAUGGGGCGAUGCCCCAGGGCCAGGAGGAAGCUAGAGCACUGACCACCGUCUCGGAAAGACUAGAAGUACGUCAUUGAGCACCCCGAGACAAAACACACAAGCGAACGGCCUGAUGAAGCGCACAUGCCUUACCUAAGGCCAAAAGGGUGACGGCAGCUCUCCGCCAGGUUACCUACGCAAUCGUUGCCUCCGGUACCUGGACUUGACAGCCUCUUUAACACUUGGCCUUGACCUAGCUUUCUCGCCUUCCACUCGGAACCCGAAUCCAAGGACUUGACGUGCCUAUCCAGCUUGCUACCGCUCGGAAACCCCUGGUGGUGCGGCUUCCUGCGGUCAUUUACAAUCCACGUGUCGUUUGGCUUGACGAUAUCCAUUAACUUCUUCUGUCUCAACCAUGCCAACGUUCACGAGAUUACAAAGGCUCACCUACGGCCGCUCGUGAUAGUUUACUCGAAUUUGUAAAUACAACAUCAGUCUCGCCAAUCUUGCCUUCGAUCCCGGCCAUCCGGUCCAGCCGCCGGCCUCCCGAGCAAGUUCGGCCCAACACCUCGGAUAUUGACCAUCACGGAUUUGGCGACAAAUUGAUCACCAUGCCUUCGCCACAGACCCAUACUUACGGUCCUAAGUGCCGCCUUGCGCCUGUCCCGCAACCCUUGUCCGCAGGUGCCUACGAUGGUAUUCCUCCCGUUGCCGCACAGUUCUUCUACUCUUCGGUUAUACCCAUAGAUGAUCCCCUAUCCCCUGGAACCAUUGCCGGCGUCUCGGAUGCGCGGACCGCACGUGGCCAAAUCCGACCGUUUUCGCUAGGCGACAGCAACGCUCUCGAGAAGGCUUGGCUUAGCUUCUUGUCUGACGAUGACAUUCAAGCCCACGAGCAGUUGGUACGGGACCGUAAACUCAGCCCUGCUGCAGAGAAAGCCAACGCGGCCAAGCUGGCUCUCUUGGUGCGCCAUUUAGCGGUAAAACACAUCCAAAAACACGGUGGUACUAUCCAGGUUUCGUCUAUGGCAGGAGAAGCCUCAGGCGUGCUCCUGGACACUCCACUUGCCGUAUGCUGUCCGGACCUAUUCAUAGAUGUGUCCACCGAGUUGCAGAACACUUUUUGUGCGCUGGCCAGGAAAUAUCACCCUUCACUAGGUCAGGAAAGUGUCGUGCAGGAAGUGAUGAUGGAGCUAAGACGUUUAGCCUCAGACGAAUCCCGACCCCAGUCAGGUAGCAUCUCAUCUUCGCGGCCCCGUGCAGACUCUGCCCGGUCACGACAAAUGGGAAUCAUUGGCUCGUUCAGUCCUCGUCGAGAAGCGGCGAGUGAGCUGCAAAGAAUUAGUAAAGAGGCUGGACACACCGGAAGUGAGACCAAAACAAGGGCGAGAUCGGAUUCCCGAGCAAGCGAGCAAACCUCACGGCCUUCAACGCCAGGGCUUGGUAGUUCACUUCGCCAGCAUCCGGUAGACGACGGUAUUUCUGGGAAGCCAUUCGUUCGAGCUGGACUGCGACAAAGGCCGCAAGACAGCUUUGCCACUUCCUUUCCCCCCCUUCAAGGGUCACCAACCCUGAUUGACACCGAGGAACGAGACGUGCAAAACCCGAGCGACCCACCAGAGUUGCCGAGAAGAAGGGAAAACACCCCACAGGCCAAGCUUAUCAGUGACGAGAGUUACAAGAGGGAAGCCAUCGACGUGGUCGUUGGCGUCUCCCGACUACACAUGGUGUCCAUUCCUGCUCUACAAAUGAAACCCAUAUAUUGGUCUCCUGUGAAUGACAUUGCCGUGGUUCUCCGAGCCACCUGGUUCUACAGAGACACAAUGCUACCCAUACCUCCAGCCGUUGCGAACCAGCUAGAGGCUGGUUAUCGAGAGCUCAAGCCACAUACCGAGACCUGGAACGAUGAGCUGCGCUGCGCCAUUGAAGUUGGUCCCCUCGGUGAGGAGAAGGUGUCACAUCGGCUGUGGCCGGAAGACGUGGAAACCCUCAGCGACAGGGAUAAGCAAGUAGUCUCAGACACUCGCAUCUCAACAGAUCCGUUCUGUGCUGCAAGCUGUUUUCGUGGAGAAGCUGCAGCAGAAGGCGCCGUUGAUCCGAAUCUGAAGGCUGGAGCAGCUUCCCAGCAGCAUCGGAGCUAUGCGAGCUACCAUGUCGUCUACAAGGACGCCUCCACGGCCUUUCUCUUGAAGCCUAGCCUGAAGCCUUCAGCUUAUUAUGGCAGGCGGCCGGUUGCGAAGAUCAUGAAAGGAAUGACCAUAGGCAUUCCGGUUACCCGUGGGUUCGACCGGCAUGCCUGGGAACGAAUCCACAACAAGAAGGCCACUCGAGAUGCUGCCAACCAGCCGCCCUCCUCUGUCAACGGCCCACCCGAAGCUCUUGGACGAGAUGUUUGUGCGGCCUGCCAGGCGCAGAAAGAGCGUGGCCAGGUCACGGACCUCGUUCUAGUUGUUCAUGGCAUUGGACAAAAGUUCGCCGAGCGAGUCGAAAGUUUUCACUUUACUCACGCCAUCAACGCCUUUCGGCGCGAGGUUAACCUGGAAUUGACCAGCCCAGCAGUCAAGGGUGUUCUAAGGGAGGACCAGAACGGGAUCAUGGUACUCCCGAUCAACUGGCGCCACACCCUGUCGUUCGAAGACGGCGGUCCAAUGACGGAGGAAGACAAGGCAACGCAUGUGCCAGACGGCUUCAGCCUUAAGGACAUUGAACCCGGCAGUAUUCCUGCGGUGAGGAGUAUGAUAUCGGAUGUAAUGUUUGACAUACCGUUCUACUUGUCUCAUCACAAGGGAAAGAUGAUCAAUGCCUUGGUCACAGAAGCCAACCGUGUAUAUCGACUUUGGUGUCGAAAUAACCCGGGAUUUGCAGAAAGAGGGCGAACUCAUGUCAUUGGCCACUCUCUCGGCAGCGCUAUGGCUAUCGAGAUCCUCUCACGCCAGCCCACGCGUGUCCCAAGGCUGGAUCUAUCGCUGAGGGUCCCCCAGCCAGACUUCUUCGAGUUCGACACUUGCAACCUGUUUCUCGUAGGGAGCCCCGCCGGGUUCUUCCUGCUCCUCGAGAGAGGCAUGCUUCAGCCCCGACGUGGUAGGGUGAAACCAGGGGCGGACCCCGUCGAUAUCAAUGCCCCGGAAGUGACGGGAGAGGCCUGUCGGUACGGGUGCAUUGCCGUGGACAACAUCUACAACGUGUUGGCCAAGGAGGAUCCUAUCGCGUAUCUUCUGAACGGUACAAUAGACCCCGUAUACGCCACGAGCCUAAGGACAGCACAUGUUCCAUCAAGCGCCAGCUCCAUUUUCCAGUAUGUUGGCAACGCAGUGAAAAGCCUCGUGCCGGGGACGACACCCACCCCGGCGACGAUGGCCCCUCCGGCGGCGCCAAAGCCACCAUUCGCGCGCUUGCCCUCGCAGCUCGAGCUUGAGGUCCACGACUUCACACGGGAGGAGAUUGCGGAGAGAAAGGCUUACCUGCUCAACGACAAUGGCCAAAUCGAUUACUACCUCAGGUUUGGCGGCGGUCCUUUGGAGAUUCAGUAUCUCAACAUGUUGAGCGCGCACACUUGCUACUGGACGAGCCAGGACUUUAUCCGCAUGCUGUGCAUGGAGGUCGGAAGAAAGCCGGGCAGGGCAAACACCAUACCCGCCAUGAGGGCCCAGAAAGCGGCUAAGAGAGUUGCGCUGGGGUGAGGGUUCAUAGAUUGCGGUGAUGGCCACUUCUGUAGGAUAGAUGUCCCUCUAGAUGCCUAGACCAUAUUUACACACAUAUACAAAAUGUACGAGCAAC